ACAGCCAAUCACAUCGCAUCCUCCUCUGAGCUGCACGGAGUCAGACUCACACCAAAAAGUGCGUAGAAAAGUGGAACCAAGGCACUUUCACACUUCUUCUACUUCUUCUGCUUCACUCGGGCAAGUGGACGGCCAGCAUGAAGAAAACUCCCAAUUCAGCCCUGAAGAGGUCCUUUGAGGUGGAAGAUGUGGACACUUCAGCUCACUCUUCACCCGGCUCCCGUCGCACAACCAACUCCCCUCACCGCAACGCCAUGUCUCCCACCAGCAUCUACUACCGCGACCUGGGUACGGCAACCCCAGCUCCCAACAACAACAGCCUCAACUACACCCAACCUCGCUCCAUCAUGGGCGGAGGAGGCUCCAAGACCCCCGAGCCUGUGUCACGCCGCUCAGAGCUCUCCAUCGAUAUUUCCUCUUCAUCCAGCAAGCAGGUGGACAACGCCACAAGCCCCGGCUCCACACGCUUCGUAACCAACAGCGCCCUGAAGCGCCCAGAGGUCCUCGGCCACUCGAGGACCCCUGAGAUGAACCACAAGAGGGAGGUCACUUUUGCCAAGACGCCGACGGACUCCCCAGGGACACGUCGAAUUGAAAGCAGCAGCAACACCAACGGGACCAGUCGGACCCUGGAACAAAGCCACAGUCGCAAGUUUGAGUCCACCAGUCUUGGAGAUGUUCGCAAACCUGAAAUCAGCAUCACGAGGGCUCCGGUGGAAAACAACGGCCACCAUGUUCCAGUGCACCACCCGCACCAUCCCAAUCCUCAUCACAAUACCAUUGUCACUACCUUUCGAUGCUCCUCACCAAACCAUGCUGGACGCAAAUCUCCCAACCCUGACCGGUCAGAGGUCAGUCUGAGCCACAGCAACAUGUCGGAACACGCCAAGCCGCACCACCCCAACCCGCACAGCAAAGGGGACAAGACCCAUGCCGGCGACUUCAGCUAUGUCGGCAUCGAUGCCAUUCUGGAGCAGAUGCGGAGAAAAGCCAUGAAGCAGGGCUUUGAGCUCAACAUCAUGAUUGUGGGACAAAGUGGCUUGGGCAAGUCCACUCUCAUGAACACGCUGUUCAAAUCCAAGGUGAGCCGCAAGUCAGUUCAGCCUAACGCCGAGGACAGGAUCCCCAAGACCGUGGAGAUCAAGUCUAUCAGUCACGAUAUUGAGGAGAAAGGCGUGAGGAUGAAAUUGACAGUUAUCGACACUCCAGGCUUCGGGGAUCAGAUCAACAAUGAAAACUGCUGGCAGCCCAUCAUGAAGUUCAUCAAUGACCAGUAUGAAGCCUACCUGCAGGAAGAGAUCAACAUUGACAGAAAGAAGAGGAUCCCAGACUCCAGGGUGCACUGCUGCAUAUACUUCAUCCCUCCCACGGGCCACUGUCUGAGGCCCCUGGAUGUGGAGUUCAUGAAGCGUCUCAGUAAGGUGGUGAACAUCGUGCCCGUCAUCGCCAAGGCUGACACGCUCACCCUGGAGGAGAGGGACUUCUUCAAGCAGACGAUCAGGGAGGGCCUGCGAGCCAAUGACAUCGACGUCUACCCCCAGAAAGAGUUUGACGAGGACGCUGAGGACAGAACAAUCAACGAUAAAAUCAGGGAGAUGAUCCCUUUUGCUGUGGUGGGCAGCGAUCAGGAGUACCAGGAGAACGGGAAGAGAAUUCUGGGAAGGAGAACCAAAUGGGGCACCAUAGAGGUGGAGAAUAUUGCACACUGCGAGUUUGCUUACCUGCGAGACCUCCUGAUCAGGACUCACAUGCAAAACAUCAAGGACAUAACGGGCAGCAUCCACUACGAGACGUACCGCGUGCGCCGCCUCAACGAGUCCAAUAUUCACUUCAGCGCUCACCCGCCCGAGCGUCCUGCUGCGCAGCCAAAGGCCAACGGUCAGCCACAGCUGGCGCACGUCCCCGUGCACGCCAACGGCCUGGCCAAUCAGCAUGAAGUUCUCACCCACGAGAUGUAGAGUCCAGCUGCACAGUUCUGUUUACAUCAUCAGCACACCAUUCCACACACACACAUAAAUAUCUCAAUGGGACCUUUUUAAAACCAUUUUUCUAAGUCCACAAUUCAGAUAUCAACUUGCAUUCAGGAUAUAGUCAAGUAGCAUCACCAUGAUUCAUCUUCUGAGCUGUGCCAUUGUUUGACUUUGUGUUGUGUAUAAGAUAUUUAGAUUAGCUUUAAUGUAUUAAGGAGGAGGACAAUGUUGUCCUCCACACUGCAAUUGAGGAGAGAGAAAGUGUGGAGCAGCUAACUUCUUCAAGUCUGAGGCUUUUAAAAUCUAUAACGUCGUCACCUUGUAUUUCACUGUGCUCAUUUACCAGUCUUUUUAUCGCUGCCCCCCCUUUAUCCAUUUCUUUUGCCUGUACAUCCAUAUUAAAGUGUUUUCUAUUAUGAACAAUAUUUGUCUGUUUAGUUAAGACAUUAUCACAGCAACUGUUGAAUCCAAGAGAUUAGUGGCCGUAAACUAGCAAUAAAAUGUGUUUUGGUUAAACAAAAAAAAAGCUAAAUCCCCUGCACUUUAGGACCUGGUAGUAAAGCGCACGUUUGUUUGCCAUUAAAGCAUCUCAUAGUGACGUCACAAAUGUGAUAUUUACGUUGCGAGCUAGUUUGAGUUGCAUGAUUUUCCAUGUGUGCCAAGAAACUUGUCCUUUCAACACAUUUGCUUUGUGACAAAACCGACUGGAGGGACGUCUUUUUGCAACAUGUUCCAUAAUCUUCUUGCAUACUCUGCAGCAACCGCAUGAACACAACCUUUUUUUUGUCCUAUUGUUGUAUAGUCAUUGUAAUUUGUGACAGUGUCAUAGAUUAAGGUUUUAUCCUCCACAUGCUAUCUCUGAAGAAUAAAGAUAGAUAUUUUUAUUGUCUGAA